AUGCGGCCGUUGCCUGCGAAGUUUUUUUUUUUUGGGAAGUACUUUAACUUAGAAGCCGUUGAACGGAGAAGGGCACAAACUAAAAAAAGAGCAUCUUUGAAUAAGCCACAUUUAGUCGACAGAAUCUUGGGCAAGAGUAGCACGAUGUCUGGGCGAUCUGAUGUACACUUGUUCAAGAACUCUCAAGCUCAAGCUCCAAAACUGCCUCAGCAAGAAUUCUCCCCUCCAGAUAUGCCUGAAGAUGCUGAAAGCAACCCCUCGAAUAAAACCAGAACUCCUCCAACGCUGACAAUAGGUAGGUUCACUGAAGGUGAUGUUCAGAUGCUUCCCACACCCAUGGUUUAUACACCAUGUUCGCCAGGCAUACCAAGGUCUCCAAUUGAGCACGUUAUCGACGGGAACAACAAGACGCCCGUAGGUCGAGUCGGAAAAAAGAGCUAUGGUGCAUUGGAAUUGAAAGGAGUGGAUCCGCAACAAGUGCUACCGCCUGUCAGUAGUGCCAGAAUCACAUCGGAAUAUGCUCCUCAAAGUGCACUUUCUGCUGCAGCGGCAAGUACCCUAUCCCAAAGAGUCACUUCUCUUUCAGGAGUGGAAGACAAGCUUGAAGCUAUACAAGAAAACCCUUCGAUUUCUGCAUCUAUGGGGGAAAUUGAGGAUGUUUUAACUGGAUAUGAGUUGGCAGAUUCUGAACAGCCUUUGGUUUGGAAAAAGGUCCGUCAAAUAGGGUCGGGGAACUUCAGUGAUGUUUACCUAUACGAAUCGCUAGAUCAGACUCGACCUUAUCUUAAGCAAGUUGCCGUGAAGCACGUCAAAUAUCCAGAUACACUCGUCAUGUCAUCGUCACCAAAAUCACCCAAGGUUAGGGAAAUGUUAUCCCGAGUCGAAAGCUCCUUGACCAGAGAACUUGAUGUAUUGGCGCUCAUUUCCCAUCCAUGUAUCAUAAAGUUGUAUGCUAUCAAUGAUUUAGCAUUCAUCAAGGAAAAACGUCCAUUGAGUUCGAGAUUUCUCGGAGGUUCAUUACCCGCUUGCGACAUGUUCAUGUCUUACUGUGCAGGGGGGGAUCUUUUCGAUGUGGCAAGUAAGAACAAGCUGCCAGAAUGGUUGAUUCGCAGGAUUUUCACAGAGCUCACUAUGGCAGUGAAAUACUUGCAUGAAAACCUGGUAGUUCACAGAGAUUUAAAAUUGGAGAACAUCUUGAUCAGAUUUCCCAUUGAGCAAAUUUUGGCAAUGCAGGACUCUCCACAGGUUCUUUUAUCACAGCAUCUGGUUGAAUUAACCGAUUUCGGCCUAUGUCGAAGGAUUGAAGACAACGAAAUGUGUACAACGCGUUGCGGUUCUGAGGAUUAUGUGUCACCUGAAAUUCUCAUGGGUGUGCCGUAUGAUGGACGACUAAGUGAUUGUUGGGCUAUGGGUGUGAUUUUGUAUUCACUUCUUGAGGAAAGACUACCAUUUGAUCCUCUACCUUCGAUUGUUCCUAGCUCUAGGCAAAGACGCCGCACUACUGCACAUAGAAUAUCAUGUUAUGAGUGGAGAUGGCUCAAGUUGGCAAAUGAAGAUCAUUUAGCAAAGACAAUUGUUUCCAACUGCCUCACGAGGAAAAAUGUUCGCUGGAACAUCAAUCAAGUUUAUGAAAGUGAAUACGUACAGGGGAUGGCGGCUACUUUAAACAUCGCAUAA